UUGAAAGAGUUUCCCGUGAGCUUGCCUUCCUCAACAUGGCAGCGCCCUUGUCAGUGGAAGUGGAGUUCGGAGGCGGCGCGGAGCUCCUGUUUGAUGGUGUGAAGAAGCAUCAGGUCACCUUGCCCCAACAGGAGGAGCCCUGGGACAUCCGGAACCUCCUCGUUUGGAUCAAGAAGAACUUGCUGAAGGAGCGGCCAGAGUUGUUCAUCCAGGGAGACAGUGUGCGGCCAGGGAUUCUGGUGCUGAUUAACGAUGCCGACUGGGAAUUGCUGGGGGAGCUGGACUACCAGCUGCAGGACCAAGACAGCGUCCUCUUCAUCUCCACGCUGCACGGCGGCUAGCCCCCAACUCCUGGUCCGGGGGGGGGGGGGGGGGCCGGCAGCCGGUCCCUGGGGCCUCCCGGGCUCUGCCUGUCCCCCGGCUGCUGGCUUCCCUGCUCUGUCCCCAAGCUCCCGCCAGGCAGGGAAAAGAGGCCAGGUGCUAAAAAUGGGCCUUUCUCCCGUUAGCAGGGCGGGGGGCAGGCUGGUGUCCCUGCUCUCACUGCAGCUGAAGGGGGGGAGGCCACCCCUCGGUUUGUCGCGGGGGAGUGCUCUGUGGCUGGGUCACCUGGCCUUCUACCCUUGUGUCUCAACCUAAACACUGAGUGAUCACUGGCAAGGCACUCUGCUCCAGACCCCAGCGUCUCCAAGGGAAGAUGGAUGGACCUGAAUAACUGGCGGAAGCCCCGCCAUCUCAGAGAUUGAAGGAGUCUCCGCCUCAGUUUCCCCAUCUGGAGAGCAGAGGGCUCUGUGUGUCCCCCACUGAUAUCAUUAUGGAACCCCAGCUGGGGUCCCCUAUUCAAGGCUGGCCCCCUCCCCCCCAUCCAGCAGCUGUUCUUCCAACCACACCCCUCCUCCUGCUCCCCCCAUCCCCAGCCCUUGACCCUGGCCGGCCUCCCCUACACACAGGCCACCAGAUGGGCUCCUGAGACCCUCCCCCAGCAAAGGCUGCGGCAGCUCCUGCGGAUGUGGCAAGAGGGAGGGUGUGUGCUCUACCUUGGACUGGCAGAUAGAGGCCUGCGUGCCUCCGUUUCCUCCUCUGCAGCUGAACAUGACUGCACCUCAAAGCCAGGGAGAUACCUGAGGGCACAAAUGUCAGCACCCCAGCCUGCCACCACCUGCAGGAAGCAGGAUGAGGCCGGCGGCACCUGGCAGGCUAGACCUUUCUCGUCCCUCCAUCCUUCCUGGAGUCUUGGGGGCCUCACUGCCUGCCACAGCUGGCCUUGGGCAAAUAAAAGACUAGGUUGUUUACUAGCCUUGCCUGGAACUUCCUAGAAACUAGUGGCACCCCACAGACCCCCAGGCCAUGGUCUGUGGUCCAGUCUCUCUGUCCUCAGCCUCAACCCAAAAAGGAGACAGAGGCUGAAACCCAGACUGUCACAGAGGGGGUGAUCUGAUGGGGCCUCUGGAGAAGGGGAGGCAGAGAGGUCUGUGCGGACCAGCCUGGGGCCAGCACACUUCUCUGCCCACCGCUUGUCUGAGACCAGGCUUUGUCCCACAGCUGCAGCUCGCCCCAGAACCCAGAAGAGGGGGUUCCUAUAAAAUUGCUAAGUACCCCCUGAACUUCCCCUGACCUGGAGAAGAAGCUUUGUUUGGUGAAGGAAGACCUCAUUUAAAAAAAAAAAUUAGGGCGUGAGCCUCAUCCCAUGUAAACGCUGCUUUUCAGGAAGUGUCAACAGUUUGGGAUGGAGUUUGUCCCACUCUGGAGGUGGAGGUGCCACGAGGUUGUCCCAGAAGCUGUGUGCUUCAGCCUCCAGGCUGAGGGCACUGAGCCCUCCACUGGUGAGCUCCCUCGGCAGGUGGGAGCCCCUGGAUUUAUGUGUAGGUGGGGCAGCCAUGUUGGGAGCUGGCCAGCGGGUUGGGGUCCAGGUAUCUAGACGCCCUCUGACCGCCUUGAACCGCACUAGGUGUUGGGUUCCUGGACGCUGCUGGGAACAGAGCAGGGCACUUGAGCUCGCUCCCUGGAGCCUGACUUUUAGAGGAUUGGCCAGUCCCCUGAUUCUUGUAACCAGAGACCCUCCCUGCCCCCAGCCCCACUGAACUUCAGGAGUGGCCUGUCGUCCUGCACGGGUGUCCAGAGUCCUGGAAAGUGGGCUCUGGGGUCCCAUCCCCAGCUGCACUGGGGCCGGGCAGGUAGCUGUGGGAUUCGGGCUGUCCCUUUCUCCACCACAAUCCUGUUAGAGGGGAGUAGGGCAGAAAGAUGGGCUGGGAAACCAGAUUGUUGGCGGCAGUGAGGUAGCCCAGUGCCUGGGCUGAAAUUGGCCCAGCCACUCUCCACAGCAUGUGGGGUCAUUUUCAGCCAAGAGUUAGAGGGUCGGGGAUAGGUGACCAGGGCCCGGCCCCAACAAUACCCAACUAUACCCAACUGACCCCCAGCUACUGAUCCCCAUUUUUGAGGAAAUAAAGGAAUAAACGAACCCCACUA